GUUACGGAUUACCUGCUAAAGAGAGGAUACACGCGGACUGAAACCAUCUUCCGCCAAGAAUCAAGUCACUUGGGUCCGGAUGGCAGGCCUAUUCACAACAAGGUGGAUGACUUGGGCCCUAAGAAGUAUCUGAAGGCUUUCAACUUGCUGCGCGAAUGGGUUGAAAACAACCUCGACAUCUACAAAUUCGAACUGAACAAGCUUCUUUGGCCUGUCUUCGUCUACUCAUGGCUCGAAUUGGUCACGCAGGGCUACUCAGAGGACGCCAAGACCCUCCUCAAUACUUUGAAGCCCUAUUUCGAGAGCAUUCACGCCGACGACCUCAAGACUUUCUCCACCGUUACUCUACCUCUGCACGCCAAGGAGAACCCGACUACCAAGCUGUACCGUGAGAGCAAGUACCGCAUCCCCCUGAACCAGCAUGUUAGCGGCAACCUCUUCCACUUCCUUGAACGCGAGCGGGACAAUGGGGGUGCCGUCAUCACUUAUAUCCUCCAGACCUUCUGCCAGCUGGACUCCACUGCUCGCGGGCCUAUUGAGCCGUUCAGCUUCGAGGCGAUUUACCGUCGCAGCCAGAACCUAGACUUUGAUGAGGUGGACUUGCAGGAAGGCAUCCCUGGCGUCUUUACAGGAAUCUCCAACCGUGACCUGCUGGAUAAGAGCGUCCCUCUGAAGCUUGGCCCUCUGCCCAUGGAGGAGGAUCUCCGUGACGACGUGCGAGCCGAGCUUCAAGACGAGGACCAGAUUAACCCCCCACCCGAGGGCCGACCUACCCUGGUCGAGGAAUUUGAUCGGAAGAUCAAGCGCGAGGAGAGUGCGGAUGGUCCUACCAGAGCUGACCUGCCUCUUCCUCCGUCCCGCGCUCGAGACGUCGUAAUGGAGAUGCAGAAAGUUAGGGAAAAUCGUGAUCGUUUCAGGAUCGACGGUCGCUCUGGUGGCGUUGGUGUUCCUGUCAGCGCAUGCAUGUUUACGUUUCACAACACCCUUGGAAGUGUUUCAUGCAUGGACUUCUCUCACGACCACGAGAUGGUUGCUGUUGGCACUACAGAUUCGUACAUCCGCGUUUGGCAUCUGGAGGGCAAGCCCUUGAAGUCAAAGCGAGCUGACGAGAAGGACUUCAAGUUCAACAACCGUAAACUCAUUGGCCACUCUGGCCAGGUUUUCUCAGUUUCCUUCUCCGACGCCAUCGCUAAGCUCGAGCACGCCCCAUUCGGCGAGGAGGGCAAGGGAGAACAACCCAUCGAGACCAGUUCGAAGCUGCUGCUUUCUAGCUCGGCUGACGGCACUGUCCGCAUCUGGUCACUGGACAUUUGGGCCUGCGUUUGCGUCUUCAAGGGCCACGAUGGCCCCGUUUUGAGGGCAGUCUGGGGCCCUCAUGGUCACUAUUUCCUGACGGGUGGAUGGGACAAGACGGCGCGCGUUUGGAUGCAAGAUCACGCAUCUGCUCAGCGUAUCCUCGUCGGACACGAUUCGAGCAUCUCCGCCGUUGCUUGGCAUCCUAACGGUACCUACGUCUUCACUGCGUCCGACGAGACCGACAAGUCGGUUCGCAUGUGGUCGGUUGUCACAGGCCAGUGUGUCCGAGUCUUCACGGGCCACACAGAUUACAUCUCGGCGCUGGAGUGCGCACCGAACGGCAAGAUUUUGGCCAGCGCCGACAACAGCGGCAACAUCUUCUUCUGGGAUAUCCAAAGGGGCAGCCGCAUCAAGAGAUCCCGCGGCCAUGGCAAGGGCGGCAUCUGGUCCAUGAGCUUCAGCGUCGAGUCUAACGUGCUCGUAUCUGGUGGGCAAGAUGGCACAGUUCGCGUCUGGGACGUCGAUCUGCCUGCCGAGGGCCACAAGGUGGUUCAGCAGCAACAAGGAACGGCGCCCACACAGGAAGGCGGCGACACCAUUGUCGCUGCAACAGGGCAGACGGAGCGUCCGAACCCCGGCAAUCAAGGGACUACAGGUGGCGGCUCCAACGCCCCGAGUGGUAGCAAGAAGAAGGGCAAAGAGGUGAUGAUUACGCCCGACCAGAUCAGCGCGUUCCCGACCAAGAAGACGCCAGUCAUGAAGGUGCAGUUCACACGUAUGAACUUGAUCGUGGCGGGCGGCUGCUACGACCCCGAUCGCUGA